AUGGCCCACCAAGCACACGCAUUUCACAUAGUUGACCCAAGCCCAUGACCAUUAACAGGAGCUAUUGCUGCUCUCCUUAUGACAUCAGGCCUAGCCAUUUGAUUUCAUUUUCACACCAUGUCACUUCUCCUCUUAGGACUCAUCCUUCUCACUCUUACAGUUAUUCAAUGAUGACGAGAUGUUAUCCGAGAAGGAACAUUUCAAGGCCACCACACCCCACCAGUACAAAAAGGCCUACGCUACGGCAUGAUUCUCUUUAUUACAUCUGAAGUCUUCUUCUUUCUUGGGUUUUUCUGAGCAUUUUAUCAUGCUAGCCUAGCCCCAACCCCUGAGCUAGGAGGCUGCUGACCUCCCACAGGUAUCACCCCCUUGGACCCAUUUGAAGUCCCAUUACUUAAUACUGCUGUCCUACUAGCUUCUGGAGUUACAGUCACCUGAGCUCAUCAUAGCAUCAUAGAAGGUAGUCGAAAAGAAGCUAUCCAAGCUCUUACACUUACAGUUCUUCUAGGGUUUUACUUUACAGCUCUUCAAGCCAUAGAAUAUUAUGAAGCCCCAUUCACCAUCGCCGAUGGGGUCUACGGAACAACCUUCUUUGUAGCAACAGGCUUUCAUGGACUCCACGUAAUCAUUGGCUCAACAUUCCUUCUAAUUUGUUUAGUACGCCAAAUCCUUUUCCACUUCACAUCAGAACACCAUUUUGGCUUUGAAGCCGCUGCAUGAUACUGACACUUUGUCGACGUAGUAUGACUAUUCCUCUAUGUAUCAAUUUAUUGAUGAGGCUCAUAA